UAGCGGGCGCGUGGCCCGCGCGCUGGGGACGUCAGUGGAAGGCGAGCUGGCGAGCUGCGCGUGUGGCGGGGAUUUGCUGUGAAUAAAAGGAGGAAAAGCGAAACGAAGAGUGUGUGAUACGGAGGAAUCGCAGAGCAGAAAAGGAAUCACUUCCCCUCGCGGUGCCUGCUGCGUGUGUGCUGUGCCAAGCCCGGGCCAAGGCACUUUCUUUGGCGUCGCUCUUUUUCUCGGAUUGUUUUCUGUCGUGAGCGAUCAGGCAGAAGAAAUGUCCGCUUUUCCUCAGCUGACUUACCCCCAGUACGCGGGCAUGAGCGCGAGCCAGCCGGCGGUGCUCUCCACCACGUCCUCCCGGGGUGGCGCCUCGGACAUCGGCGCGGGUCAGUCGGCGGCGCCCGCGUCUGUCACGUCCGUGCUGGGCGUGUACUCGAACCCGUACGCGGCUCACGGCUACAGCGCGUUCCUGCCCUACUCCAGCGCGGACCUGGCGCUCCUCUCGCACCUGGGUGCGCAGUAUGAGCUUAAGGACAACACCGGAGCGCAUCCGUCCAGCUUUGCAGCCCAUGCCACUGCAGCCUUUUACCCCUAUGGACAGUACCAGUACGGAGACCCCAGCAGGGCUAAGAGUGCCACCCGCGAGACCACCAGCACCCUCAAAGCCUGGCUCCAGGAGCACAAGAAGAACCCGUACCCCACCAAAGGGGAAAAGAUCAUGCUGGCCAUCAUCACCAAGAUGACCCUCACCCAGGUCUCCACCUGGUUCGCCAAUGCCAGGAGGAGGCUCAAGAAGGAGAACAAGGUGACGUGGGGACGGAGCGCGGAGGACAGGGAUGGCAAAAUAUUUGACAGCGACAACGAAGGGACCGCCGAGAAAAACGAGGACGAGGAGAUCGACUUGGAAAGCAUAGACAUCGACAAGAUCGACGACAACAACGACGAGCAAAGUAACGAGGAUAACGACGAUGAUGAGGAUGACGUUCUUCAUGGUGAUGGUGAGGAUGGACUGGACGAGGGACGGGAGGGGGUGGGGAGAAGAGAGCCACUGGCACUGCCUCUCGAAGCGCGAAAGGAAGCAGAAAAGUCCAAGCACAUCGUUUCCACGAGCAGCGAUCAGUCCGGUGACAGAAGCACGCGAGUGCAGUCUCCUCGCGGGCAAGGCGGCUGUCCGCUCCCUGCAGGCGCUAAGCCUAAAAUAUGGUCCUUAGCGGAGACUGCGACCUGCCCCGAUGGCCCCCACAAGUCGGCGUUGCCCCCCGCGCCGCCCGGCCACGCCCCCCUGCCCGCCCCGCACCCGGCCCUCCUUCCAAGCCACGGAAUAUACACGUGUCCCAUUGGGAAGCUGCACGGCUGGACCGGCGCCGCACUGCUCGGCCCAAACGCCCUGUCCGGCAUGAAGUCGUUCGUGGGAGCGGACCACGGCCACGCGUACGGUCACGCGCCGCGGCUUCCGGCCUCGGGCGCCGCGCCUGGCGUGGUGGCGCGAGACGCCGGCGAGCGCGGCUCGGGCAGACUCAGUCCGGAACUCCGAGAUCGGGAACGUCAGUCCCCGCCGCAUCCCACAAAGACGUCCUUUCACCGCGUCCACGAGAGAACCCAGAAAGAAGCGCAGCGGCUUUUACGUCCACCUGUUCUAACAGCUCUCACAUCCACCUGAUGAAGAUGUUAUUGUUAUUAUUAUUAUUAUUAUUAUUAUUAUUAUUAUUAUUAUUAUUAUUAAGAAGAAGAGCCUUAAAUGCCUGACAAGAACAUUCUCAAU